GGAGCGCAUGUCGACGGAAAAGGAAACCGGGCAGCGAGGCGUCCGAGAUGAAUUGAACCGCAGUCUCGCAGCAGCGACGCCCGAACUGAGGCUCAACAACACGGGGUCUAAUUUACUCUGUCAGCCGCUGUUGAUGUGGCUGUGGAGCUUCGCUGAGAGCGGACGUGGAGUGAGCCUUUACGGUCCUUUACCAGACUGAGCUGAGAGAGAGAGCAAGGGAGAGCGAGGGAGGACGAGCAGAGCUGUGCAAGGAUGAAGAGACUGCCUGUCCUGGCCCUCCUCCUCUGGAUAUGCUCUAUAUUUUAUGUGGGCAUCUUUCUUUUCGUCGGGGGCUUCCUGCUGGUGCGGCUGGAGGUCAACAGGACCAGCACCUGUGCGGACGUCCUUCCCCCAGGGGCUGAUGUGAAAGGAGACUUCUGCCUGAAGGAGCCGCGCUUCCGCAGAGCUGUCGUCCUCAUAAUCGACGCCCUGAAGGCCGACUUCGCUCGUUAUGACCCGGGGAACACUUCGCCCAGAGCUUUUGAGAACAAACUGCCCGUCCUGGAUGAGAUGGCUUCGUCUUGGCCGUCCCAGACCAGGCUGUACACCUUCAGGGCCGAUCCGCCCACCACCACCAUGCAGAGGAUCAAAGGAUUCACCACCGGCUCCCUGCCCACCUUCAUCGACGUGGGGAACAACUUUGCCUCCAGCGCUGUCCUUGAGGAUAACCUUGUCCACCAGCUGGGUCAAGCAGGCAAGCGAGUGGUCUUCAUGGGCGAUGACACGUGGGUCAGUCUUUUCCCCAGAAAGUUCCACCGCUCACUCCCUUUCCCCUCCUUCAACGUAAAGGAUCUGCACACUGUAGACAACGGAAUCCUCCAGAACAUCUUCCCCACCAUGGAGGGAGACGAUUGGGAUGUCCUGAUUGCUCACUUUCUGGGAGUGGAUCAUUGUGGACACAGAUUUGGCCCUGACCAUCCUGCCAUGGCAGAGAAGCUCACACAGAUGGACGAAGUCAUCAGGUCAGUGAUUAAGCGACUGCAGAACGACACCCUGUUGGUGGUGAUGGGGGAUCACGGCAUGACGGACACAGGAGACCAUGGUGGAGAGAGCCAGAAGGAGACGGAUGCAGCUCUCUUUCUCUACAGCGGAUCCCCUCUGUUCCCAGCACCCGGCUCACAGGUGGAGCCAGAGGUGGUUCCUCAGACUGAUCUGGUGCCCACGCUGGCCCUGCUGCUGGGAGUGCCUAUUCCAUACAGCAGCGUAGGACAGGUUCUUCUGCCCCUCUUCCCCCUCAACAGCUCUCUGGGUGCAUCUAUGAGUCUCAGCCAGGCAGAGGCGCUGUGGAUCAACGUCAAACAGGUAAACCGGUUCCUGGAGACCUACUCCAACAUGGCCAAAGACAUUCCAGCAAGCAGUCUGUCCCAGCUUCAGUCCCACUUCACCCAGCUGUCCUCUCAGUACCUGAGCUCAGUCAGCGAAGGUGCUCCACCCUCAGCUGAGCUCACGGCCUCCAUGCAGGCUUACCUGAGCUCCGUUAGGGAGACCUGCCGCGCCUCGUGGGCCCGUUUUAACCCUCUUAAAAUGGCAGCAGGUCUGCUGGUCCUAGGCUUUGCUUGUGUAGCGUGUUUCGUUCUGUCGGAGCUGUCCCUCAUUGUCCUACAGGGCAGCGUGCUGAAGGCUCCCUUGCUCUCCGGGCUACUGGCGGGUGGAGCCAUAGCUGCAUGUCAGCUCUUCACACUGGGCUUCGUGGAAGUUUCAUGGUGUUUUGGAGCGGCGGCACUGAUGUCUGAGGUCACGUUCUUGUGGAGGACUCGACGGGCUUUUACUCGUGGCAGCUCUAGUGCCCGUCUGUCUGUGUGGCGCCUCCUCACCCCACCGCUCCUUGUCCUCUUCCUGCGCUGUGCCUCUUUGCUCUCGGACAGCUAUGUCAUCUCCGAGGGACGCGUGGUCACCUUCCUGCUCUUCACAUUGGGCCUCUUUGUUCCGCUUCGGCUGAACUGGGAUGGGCUCCUGGUGCCCAGUCCUCCGUCGGACACGCAGAAACCUCCUGGGCUUCUCCCACUGGCUCUGCCACUCUCCACAGUCCGCCGCGAGAGCACCGCCCUGCUGGUCAGUGUAGCCGUUUUGGUGGGCUGCCUCUACCUUUCCCUGUCGUUCCACAGCUGCCGCGAGGAGCAGGGCUCCUGCCAGCCCUCGGCCUUCCUCACACCGCUUUCACGAGUGCAGGACAGCCGCAUGCGCAACCUGCACUACAUCCUGUCCCUCGCCUCGCUGUCUGCCUGGGCGUUCCUUCUGCACCGCUGGCUGAGGCACUACGGCAACUUAAACUGCACCAGUGUGGCUGUGUUCACUGCCCGCUGCCUGCUCCCUUUGGCUUCUAUCUGCAUGGGUCUGCACUGGGCAGUUAGUGCCACUCCUGAGGACAGCUUCAGAAACCUGGCAGAGCUGAUUAGCCUUGCACAGGUGGUUUUGCCGCGGAUCGCCUUUGGCCUCCUGGGCCUCGGGCUGCUGCUGCUGUGGCUGGACCCGCUGACUGUGUUCCUGAAGAUGCGAGCACCUCUGAACCCCCGUGCGACGUCCAUGCCCCCACCCAGGUACCGCGCCAGUACUGGAAUUAGCCCUCAAGCAGAGCUGCACCACCUUGUGCCGCAGCUGUACCAGCGUAUCCGGCAGUCCCUGGAGGAUGGAGGGUCUGAGGGGGACGAGGCGGACGGGCGUCCAGCUGUGGAGGCCUACGGGCUGGGCACUGUUUACUCGGCUCCGCUGGUCUUGCUCUGUGGGCUGCUGGGUUUGGGGCUGCUGCUGCUGCACCCUGAAGGCAUGGCACUAGCCUUCCUGCUAAUGCUGCUGCAGGCCGCAGCCAUGCUGCACCUCCACUCCUCCUCCAGCACCCUCUCCAGCCUGCAGAGUCACUCCAGUAUAUUCAGCGUGCCCUGGGCUCCAGUGGUUCUGUGGUCUCUUGCUGCCUCCCAGUUUUUCCAUGCUACAGGUCACCUGCCCACCUUUCCCUCCAUCCAGUGGGGUGCUGCGUUUGUUGGCUUCCCACAGGGCCACUCGGGAACGGUGCUGCCCGCCUCGCUCGUCACCCUCAACACCUUCGCCUCGCACAUUAUGUUUGCAGUUGGCUGUCCGCUGCUGCUGUUCUGGCCGUUGGUGCGUGAGGUGCGCGGGACUCGAACCGGUCGCUCGGGUGCAGGUGAGGAUGGGGAUGACGUUGUCAUGGAGAUGAGGCUGCGGGAAAACCCUCAGCAGUUCAGCUCAGCACUGCUGCAGCUUGCGGCGCGCUAUCUGUUCAUCAUUGGAGCUCAGGUUUUGGCGUCAGUGUGUGCUGCGGCGAUCCUCAGGAGGCACCUCAUGGUGUGGAAAGUGUUCGCACCAAAGCUGAUGUUUGAGGCUAGCGGCUUCAUCGUGAGCAGCGUGUUUGUGCUGGUGGGAGUCACUCUGGUCAUGAGGGUGGACGUGGCCGUGGCUUGCUUAUUUCAGAAACUCCUUCCAGAAAAUUCCAGGUAGCACUAAAGGUCAUCUUCACCAAAACAACUGCCAACAAGAUGGAAAGAAAACAGAAUCAGACUCUUCUGCAGGCCGCUGUCAUGUCUGGACCAAAGAGGUCAUGAAUGGCCUCUGUUUCUCUGAACUCGUGAGGGGGUAAAUGGACAGCUGCUAAUGUUUUACACUGGUUUUGUUAACACACAGACACUCUUGACUCUUAAUCUGAGCCAUCUGUGGCACCGCUGCCUUUGUAGUCGAAGUGGGAGAGAUAGUCAAGCAUGCCUUUAUACUGCCAUACACACCACUGACUCUGCGGCUGGUUUACUGAAGGGCUUUAAAGGCUGGACGUCUGCAGUAUUUUAAUGAAAUGUACAGAUUGGGAGAGUUACUGUGAUGAAGGCUGACCUCAAGGGGAUGUUAAUGUAGAACAAUCAUUCAGAAUAUAUCAUGAAGCAGGAUAAGCUAAAUUUGGGCUCAAUUCAAGGUAGCACUGAGUUGAACUGACUGCAUUUACACAACGCUGAGCUCAGACUAGCUUAAAUUAAACCUGUUGUCAUGGUAACCAGUCAAUCCAACUUUACAUAUACUCUGGAUUACCCCUGAACUGCAUAGCUUGGUGUAGGGCUGCAGCUAUAACGGUUAUUUCUGUAUCCAAUUAAUCACCUAGUAUUUGAUUAAUCGAACUGUUGUGUCUUUUCUCAUUUCCUUUCAAAAGUACAUCAUUCAAAGUUCUGUGGAGUAACAAGCCACUUCUUUUAUGGUGCAACAAAACAGAAGCCAAGCCAAUUCUAUAUGUUGUCAAUAUAUUGCAAAAUAUAAAUAGAAUGCGUUGCAGUAUAAUUUCAGUAUAUUACAUUUUUGUAUAGAGAGCUUUUGGAUAAUUCAACUACUUUACAUAACAGACAAAUAAUCAACUUUGUGGACUGAUUGUUGCAGCCCUAGGUUAGUGGUGGGUGGAGCAGCCUAAAUCCAUACUCAGAAGUAGAAAUACAAAAGUACGAACUCAGAAACCUACUUUAAAUAGCCUGUAGAACUGUAAAGGAACUUCUUAGGACAGGUGUCAGAAACAUGAGGCUCCGGAGCCGCAUGUGGCUGUUUUACUGCCCUGUUGUGGCUCCACAGCAGAAUUAGAUUGUUAGGUAAAAAUAAAAUAAUCCUCCUUUGCAGUAAAAUAAAGCUCUGCUUAUCGUUCUAACACAGUUUUAACAAUAAAUGGUCUUAAACGCAGAACGCAGAGUGCUACUGGUUCACCCUUUAACCUUGAAGGUUGGCAUGCAGACUGCUGGUCACCAUAGCAACAACAACAAUCUCCCCUAGCGAACACCUAACAAAAAAGGCACAGAGAAAGACUUAAGACGAACGUUAAUAAUUUGGAGGCGAUUGGACUUAUUUGCAUUUAUAAUCACUCCAGCUGGUUUCCGGAUACGUUUAAUCUGCAACGAGAAACUGUCAAACACUAAAAAGUCAUGAAGCUGAAGU